GCGCCAAGCAUGAGAUUUUCAGUCGCGCGCCUCGAGGGGUGUCAAGCGAUCAAUCGACCACCAGGUGGCGGUGUCUCUGGAGGCUCACGUAUCCCAUCGGCCCUGGCGCCAGGGCGGAAGAAGGCGCGGAGGCGACUCUCUGGCCCGCAGCGCCUGGACUCUCGUCUCCCGACUGACGUCGGACAACAAAGAUGGCGGCAGGAACCAGCAAUUACUGGGAAGAUCUCAGGAAACAGGCUCGACAGCUGGAAAAUGAACUUGACCUGAAACUAGUUUCCUUCAGUAAACUGUGCACGAGUUACAGUCACAGCAGUGCCCGAGAUGGAAGACGCGACAGGUAUAGCUCUGACACAACACCUCUUUUAAAUGGAUCAAGCCAAGACAGAAUGUUUGAAACAAUGGCAAUUGAGAUUGAACAGCUUUUGGCAAGGCUUACAGGAGUAAAUGAUAAAAUGGCAGAAUAUACCAACAGUGCAGGUGUCCCCUCCUUGAAUGCAGCACUGAUGCAUACAUUACAGCGACAUAGAGACAUAUUGCAGGAUUAUACACAUGAAUUCCAUAAAACCAAAGCAAACUUUAUGGCAAUACGGGAAAGGGAGAAUCUCAUGGGAUCAGUACGAAAGGAUAUUGAGUCAUAUAAAAGUGGGUCUGGAGUAAACAACAGAAGAACUGAACUAUUUUUGAAAGAACAUGAGCACCUUCGAAACUCAGAUCGUCUGAUAGAAGAGACAAUAAGCAUUGCUAUGGCAACAAAAGAAAAUAUGACUUCACAGAGAGGAAUGUUGAAGUCAAUUCAGAGCAAAAUGAACACUUUGGCCAAGGCUUCCAAAUAUGACCUUAAUAAAGAUUUCCCAAAGAUCGUUUUCCUGCUGUGAACAGCCUGAUCCAGCGAAUCAACCUUAGGAAGCGGCGAGACUCACUCAUCCUGGGUGGUGUUGUUGGUGUCUGUACCAUCCUAUUGCUGCUGUAUGCUUUCCAUUGAUGAGACGCCUCCAGGGACUCUUGACAACUACCACUUUCAGGCCCUGAUCUGGAAUAAGGAAAAGUGGGAAGGAGAAAUGGACUGCCCUGAUAAUUAGCCUGACCAGCAGGAUUCCUUCAGGGCUCAGUGCUGGACUCUGACGUGGUCAGGUUGAGCUGAAGCCACAGUUUUUCUAACACACUUCCUUCUGUUUGUAGUUUUUAAAAAAGGAAAAGUUUUCCGUUGCUUUUGUCUCCCCAGGGGGUAAGUAAACGAGUCAGAAAGAGAGUCUGCGCUUCAGUGAUAGUGUCGGAGGCUGAUGGCAAGCUAGGUCUCACAGCUGGACUCUUCGGAAAACCAGGUCUCUCUCUCUCCAAAGACUGCUUUCCUUUUAGCUGAUGGAUUGGGUUGUGAAUAAAAAUAGUUCUUGUCCUUUCAUUUUACACUCA